GCCAAAAGUCACUUUAUGAUGCAUCGGGUUUUGAUUAGUGAGUUGGUGAAGCACGGACAUCAGGUCACCAUGAUUACAGCGCACACAUUUGAGUCACUCAAACUAGGCAGCAAAUACAUUGAGAUACUCAUUGAGCCGGAGUACAGUUUUUACACGAAGGUUAAGGAACACCUCGGUUCAGCUUCUCUCUACGAAAUGAAAAACAAUGUGGCCCUGUUUCAAAAAAUGGUUGAAAUUCUGGGCGAGGCCACCACAGACCAUGCGCUUAAACUACCAAAAGUGCAGGCAAUUAUUAAUGCCAAACAAACGGAAGAUGUCUAUGAUUUGCUGCUAGUGGAACAAUUCUAUCAAGAAGCCUUUCUUGCCUUGGCCCAUAUCUACAAAGUGCCUGUGGUGAGCACUGCAACAUAUGCCCAACAGAACUUCAUGAGCCAAAUGUUCGGCUUAAUUACGCCUUGGUCAUAUGUACCAAUGGGCUCCCUGCCACUAGCCGAACGCAUGAGCUUUUGGGAGAGAUUAACCAACACCUACUAUUCACUUCGUCUGGACAUAGAGCGAGAAUUUAGUUACUUUCCAAAAAUGGAUGAGCUUGUAAAGAAAUAUUUUGGACAUUUGCCAAUACAAUUUCCAAGUGCUUCGGCGAUGAGCAGGAAUCUCUCGGCCAUAUUGAUCAAUAACUAUACGCCCUUAGCGUCGGCGGAACCUAAAAUGGACAACAUGAUCUGUGUCGGUGGCAUGCAUAUUUAUCCGCCAAAGCCACUACCCUCUGAUUUACAGAAUUUCUUGGAUAAUGCAGAGCAUGGCGCUAUUUACUUCAGUUUGGGCACUCAGGUUUCGAGCAAGGACAUGCCGCUAGAAAAGUUAGAGUUAUUCCUCGAUGUUUUCCGCCAAUUGAAGCAACGCGUCUUGUGGAAAUUUGAAAAUGAAAGUAUAGCGAAUUUGCCAGCCAAUGUAAUGAUUAAAAAGUGGUUGCCGCAAAAUGAUAUCUUGGCGCAUCCUAAUGUGCGUGUUUUCAUUGCACAUGGCGGACUCUUUGGCACACAAGAAGCGGUUUAUCAUGGCGUGCCAAUACUAGGUAUGCCUUUCUUUACUGACCAGCACCUAAAUCUGAGGAAGGCAGCUGUUAAUGGAUUUGCCAUUAACUUGGAAUUCCAUACACUUAAACGUGAAACUUUGAAGCGUGGUCUGGAGCAAUUGCUCUUCAACCCAACAUAUCGGGAUACUGCCAAACGGUUCUCGCGCAUUUUCCGCGAUCG